GCUUUAACAACCGCAAGCGAAACAACAUACUUUUUUAAGUCUUGCACUAAGACUCCAUGAUCACAAGUAUAGGUCCCUGCUGUGGCGUAUGACACCAUAGUGCUAUUUAGUAUUGGUCGGCACAGUAUCUGAUCAUAAAGAGAUAAUUGGUUUGUGCUGAACACAGGGGCAAUAAAACCACAGAUCUAUCGAUAAACAAGAUUAUUGAGAUAUCUUUUAUUGAACACCGCGAUAAAAAUGCUCAAACCACGGACUCUAGAUUACACGGAUAAGAAACAUGGCAACAUUCUCAGAAUCAUCACUGCUAUAUGUGUAAUCACCUUACAAUUCGUCUAAAAAUAAUUUAUAUAUUUGAGUUGAAGACGAUGUACUGUUGUAUAAGUCUGAAUAAACUAUCUGUCUGCCUGUCUAAAUCUAAGCCGUCAUCGUCCCAGUGAAAAAAAAAUAUGAUUUUGAAUAGUUGGACAUGAUGCCCUGAUGUCAAAAUACGAAAUGCGUAACACCGACCGUGAUAUUCAAGAAUCUUUAAUAAAUUGAUAAUUUAAGGUAAAUAACAUUUCAUAUAAUUAUACAUAAGUCCCUCGUUGAUAAUUAACAGCAAACGAUGAAUGUUUUUGAGACCCAUUUUAUUUCACGUAUGCAUGCAAAGCCGAAUAAAAUCGAGAGGAUCCGCUAUAUACGCUGUUUCAUCAUAAAGUUAUCACCCUUUCUGUGUUAUAAACAAGAGCUGAAAUCGUUAAUUUGUUAAGAUUUAUUUAUAAUAAGCUUUAUUGAUAUGUUUCGUGAACAAAAUACCACAAUAUAUUCCAUCAAAAAUAUAAUAAUCAUGGCAAAGGAAAUUCAAUGGCCGGUUUCUAAACAAAAGCAUAAUCGCCAAGAUCGUAGCAUCAGUUCAGUGCGUUAGGAACGCGCGCUACUUUCUUCCGCCUUCAUUCCUUAAUUACUUUCGUUUUUUUAAACAAUUUUUUUCUAUCGUAUACAGAAUUCUAUUCUCCUAAGCAAGAUGUAAUUUUUAAAACUGAACUCCAAAUAUAAACGCUACAAAUUGGUAUUAAGUACGAACAUGUCAACCGUAAAUCUAGAUUCUAAAACUCCAAUACGGUAUGAUAUUUGCAAAAGUUAAAGUUAUAACUCGCCGGGCUGUCGAAAUCAGAAGAAACACUUAAUAUAUGUUUAUAUAUCUGUUUACUAUGGAACGUAAGCUUUCUAAUGAUAUAUAAUUUGUCAAAAUCGGCCUAGAAAUGAAACUAUAAUUCAACAAAGACGUGAGUGGGUACAUCAAAAUGUAUAACCUCGGCGCUUCGCUUUACGCUAAUUGUACAAAAUCGAUAGCCACAACACGGUAAAACGCGCGGUGGUAAAACAUAAAACAUAAAAUGUGUAUUUCUUGUGUUUAUCUCGCUAUAAAUCCAUUAAUAGCAACGGGAGUAUACUAAAACGUAUAUUUUUUUAAAGAGGAAUUAAUAAGCAACAAGAUAACGUAUAAACCAAUAAAAUCGAAUGAAUAGUUUUUGCAUAAGAUUGAAUUUACUACAGAAAGGGUCAAAUACUCGAAUCAUCUCCUAUCAAUAUACACUCCGUGAUACAACUGGUAGUUUUAACACACACAUAUAGGUUUCAUUUAAUUAAAAAGUACAGAAAGCUAAAAAGUGAUGUGGUUUGUUGUACAACAACAAUUGGUUAUGUGUAACCUAUUCAAAAAAUAAUUUCGUUCAAGAUAAUUCAAUGUAAUUCUAUAAACGACAAACACACUUCGUGUGUUGUGUAUGUUUAUUUUUAAAAAUGUACAUAAGUGGUUUAAAAGCACAAUUUUUACACAUUUAAGAGGUAAUCGCUCACAUUUAUGUCUAAUUAAUGAUAAUUUUAUGCAUUAGCAAAGAUUUAACGAGAAAAACUGAAGUUUAAGUUGAACUCAAUUUGCUAUAGGAAAACGACGGUAGCCGUUUAGACGUAAGCGGGGUAGCUUACGUCUAAUUAUUUGGACUAAUACCUCCCCAUCACAACAAUGUGUUGUGCUUACAUGUAUGGGAACAACUGCAUGCGUUUACUGCUACUGUUGACUGUUAUAGGGACAGAUUAAACGAUUAUAUGCAUGUUGACAUCACGGCGCAAAUUAAAAAUCAAGCUAUGCAAUUUUUGGCAGCAUUGUUCAACAUCACACAUUUUAGAUAAGUCUCCUAGAUAAAAGCACCAUGCUUAAAUCUAUUCGUCGCCUGACUGUGAUCCGGGGACAUGCAGUGAAGGCCCAACAUUGUUCCUCCAUGAGCCGCUCACAUCAAGACAGGCCCUCCCUUCACGUCAGUCCAAUGGUCUGCAUGGUAGACGAACCCAUCCAUAUCCGGAUGUCAGGCCUGGACUCCAGUCAGCUUGUCACGUUUGUGCUGGAUUUGAUUGAAAAUGACACAAAGUUUGAAUCUCGGUGUCUUUAUAAAGCAGAUAAUAAUGGCAUAGUUGACAACUGCAGAAUGCCUUCAUUAGAGGGAUCUUUUACAGGUGUAGAACAAAUGGGUCUGUUCUGGAGCCUGAAGUCAGUGGGUGGCGGGGAUCUAGUCCGGCUGGUCAAGAAGGAUGUCACUCAGCCAAUGGUGUUCUCUAUCAAAGCCUUGCCCGGCAACCAAGUGCAGCCUGCCAGUACCGACCUGUUGCCGCUGGCAGAGACCAAGGUUCAGCGACUCUUCAUGAGGCCUGGAGUGAGGAGGAUCAGACUGACUGGCCAGAUCAAGGGGACAGUGUUUGUGCCUCAAGGUGAGGGCCCAUUCCCUGGGUUGGUGGACAUGUUUGGGGGCCUGGUGUCCCAGAUUGAGACCAGGGCGGCCCUGUUGGCAUCCCACGGCUACGCCACCUUGAGCCUCUCGUACCUGUAUGGCGAGGGGCUCCCCACCAUGCUCAUGGGAGCAGAUAUUAACUACAUACAGAAAUCCUUUGAGUGGUUAUCGGAACAGGAGUAUGUAGAUGAAGCCAGAUUGGGAGUAAUAGGCCUGUGCUUUGGGGGACAUUUGGGGCUUAGACUGGCCACUUUGUCAUCUCAGGUCAAAGUUGUUGUGAACAUCAAUGGUGUCCCCAUCAUUAGCAGUUUUGAGAACUUGAAUUCGUCAUCUGGGGGGAGUACUGACUGGAGUGACGAUGUUUACACUACAGAGGAGGGUGUUGUCAUCAACCAGAUCUAUGACUGCUCCAGUCCCAUUCUGAUUCCUGCUUGGCAGCAUGGUGCCCGACUGCUGGUGAUUGUAGGGGAAGAUGACAAGCAGGUUCACCCUAAGUGGCACACAUACUUGGAGAAUCAUAUCCCAGACCAGUACAGACACAAUUUACAGGUGUACCGUUACAAGGGUGCAGGUCACCUGAUAGAGCCACCAUUCAUGCCUCACAUCAGGACAGUGGCUCCUGGACGCAAAAGAAUGCUCACUCUGGACUUCAUGCCCGAGAAGUUUAAAGACGAAAAAAUGAUGGCAGGUGGAUAUCCCAAACCUCACGCUGAUGCACAAGAACAUUCUUGGAAGACAAUUUUAGAGUUUUUGGAAGCAAAUCUUAAAUCUUUGAGGUAGAGGAUUGGUGUCAGGUUGUUAUGAAGAAAGAUUGGCGUUUACAAAUUUGCUCCUUGAUUACCAAAACAAGCGAGAAAGAGACAGUGCUUAUUACAUUUGUAAGAAAAGCUUAAGUGUCCAUGGCGUGGACUAAAUAACCUGCUGUAAACAUAGCAAUGUUUAGUGUAUAUAAAAUACAUGUACUGUACUAUAUAUUAUAAAGAAACUUAUUUACGAAUAUUAAAAUCAUGUUGAUUGAUAAAA